GCCGGUAGACUCUACCGAAAAUCCCAAUUAUUUGGACGAAAUCACCCUCUACACAAAUACUAGUUCCUCCUCUUUUGCCAUCGGCCGCGCAGCCCCAGCACCGCCACCGGUUACAAUCUCCGGCGAACCAUCACUUUCCCGGUAUAAGUUCUCUUGCCGGUCAUACCUGCGGGGCUUAGUUCUCUCGGGGGUUGUACCCAAUCCCGCUGUCACUUUUCUCCGAUUCGGUGCCGAUUUUGCUGCUGCAAGUGAAGAAAGAAGCGAACCCUUGAACUCCUACUGCAAUGACUCUGGCCAACUGAGCUUGUUGAUCCUAUAUACUCCCUCCGUCCCUUUUCGAUAGCCCUACGAAGAGACAGGGGAUUUUCCGGAUAAGAAAAAAGAUGGACUCAUGUGCGGAAUUACAGGAAACUAUUGCAUUUAUGGAGCUUGCAGUACAACAGGCGAAGGUUGCCUUGGAUAGCCUCGAAGUACCUGUGGGCUGUGUGAUUGUCGAGGAUGGGGAGGUUAUUGCUUCGGGAAGAAAUCGGACAACAGAGACACGUAAUGCUACAAGACACGCCGAGAUGGAAGGUAUUGAUAUUCUUCUUGAGCAGUGGCAUCAAAACGGACUAUCAGCGGCAGAAGUUGCUGAAAAAUUUGCAAAAUGUGCCCUUUAUGUUACAUGUGAACCAUGUAUUAUGUGUGCGGCUGCAUUGUCGAUUCUGGGUGUAAAGGAGGUAUACUAUGGCUGUGCAAAUGAUAAAUUCGGAGGGUGUGGAUCAAUAUUGUCCUUGCAUUCAAGUAGCUCUGAACCACUCAUUAGUGGUGGUGAAGUACGGCAAAGAGGUUUUAAAUGCACUGGAGGAAUAAUGGCAUCAGAAGCAGUGUCUCUGUUACGAAGCUUCUAUGAGCAAGGGAACCCCAAUGCUCCAAAACCUCACAGGCCACCAGUUCAGAGGGUGUGAAAUGGAAUAUUUUUCUAUGGAGGUCGUUCCCCUUCUAAUGAAAAGAGGUACCUCCAUACGUCAUGUUCCAGUUUGUAUCACGCAUUUAUUCUCAUUUUCUGCCUUAAACUCUGUAAUUACAUGUCUCUGGUCAUCUUGGGACUAUUCAGGUUAUGUUUCACAGCUGAAGUGAGACAACGUCAUGGAUGUUAGAAACACUGCUUGGGAAGUUAAGUUCCCGUGGUAAAACCAAUAUGGAACCGUAAUUAGGCAACAAAUUGUCCCUCCAAUUAUUGCUAGUGUUUGUUACUGCCUAAGCAAAUUUUUAUUAACAAACUUAUGGGUUCAUGGCUAGACCCGACUACUUUUAGAGCCUCUCAUUCAUAGGGUAAUCUCUGGUCUAAAUGACAUAACGAAGUAGCUCUGCAGUUGGGGAUUUGGGGUCAUGAAAGGCCAUAUUGCAUGGGAAAAAAUAAUAAACGAAGAAAACCCGAUUGGAGGGUAGUUUAGGCCAUUUUCAUAUUUGGGAGAAAAAGCCUUAGUUUUCCCUUUUUUGAUUUUCUUAGGUUCCUGACAAUCCACAACUGAAUUUCUUUUGAGUGGAUUUGUAUUUAAUUAUGUCCCAAAUUCUUGUGCAACUUUUAGUUAUAUCAAUAAAGUUCUCUAUAUCGGUAAACUUCUGGCGCAAACACCUGAUUUAUCGAAAUUAAAAAUUGAAGUCCUCCUAUUAUGCUUAUUUGGCACUGUGUUUACAAUCUUGGCACUCUUAAGUUCAUUGUAUCGUAUGGGUGAGGCCUCAGCAGUCUGCUAAAGAUUGGAUCAUGCCAGAAUACUGUUUCACAAUCUUUGAAUGCGAAAGAGGCAAACUCCCUGGUUUUUGUUUUGUAUCAUAUGCUCUUGAGCUUUACAAGUUCAAAGGUCAGAUUUACAAACCAGAUAUCAUCGGAGGCUUUGGAACUUUCGGCAAAAUGAUCAAGAUAUAGAUUAAGCUAUCGAGCCGCUGACCUCUCCAUGUUUUUGCUUCACCUGGUUUAUUCUUUGUUGUCAUCAACACUUUUUUUUUUUUUUAUUUCCUUGUAAACUCCUCCGGGGUUUACCUUCGGGUGCUUGAAUUGAAAUAUUACAUAAGGAAACAGAUUGGAGCAGCGAUGUUCACUUGUUUUGAUUAAUCACCUCUUGAUUUUAGCAUUCGGUGCUUGUCUUUUGACCUGUACUUUUUGCAGUGCCCAAUUAAAAUGAAUUCCCAGCUAAGCUGAGAGAGAGUUAUGUCGAUGUUGACUGUUGAGUUAGAUGGUUUGACGGGGUUGUGAAUUGUGGGUUUCAGAUUUUGGGAUUUGGAAUUCUGGUUGGGUUUUGAGUGAAGAGGUGGUGGUGCUUGUAGUGGAAGUGGUGGUGGUGGAGAGGUAGUGACUGCAUGUGGUUGUGGUAGAGAGAAGAUGGUAUAGUGGUGGAGAGGUGGUUGUGGUAGUAACGGAGGUGGUGGUGGUGGAAGCAUGGCAACGACAGUUGUCGUAC